GAGGGACCAAAUAAAAAAUUCGAGGACCCUUCUUUUUAAUUUUUGGGGGUGUUUUUGGAUUCUUAAUGGGGGGUUCAAAAUUAAAACGGAAGCAUCGUCAAGAUUGACAAAUGAUCGCACGAAUGCUACGAACUCCGUUUCUCUCACUUUCUAAAUUUCAGGUACCUCUUGUUUCACUUCCAGUCCUUCUUGGAUCUCAUGGACGUUGCGGUACACAAGUGAUUGAGAAUAAUCGUGAUCCUACUGGAAUUUCAUCAAAUAAGAUCUCGGUUUAUGGAUUUAGAAUGUUUUUCACCGCCACUGCUAAAGAUUUGUCAGCUAAGAAGUGCGUGCCAUGCAACACAAAGGAUCUACGGGCCAUGACUGAAGAAACUGCAAGUAAACUAAUUCCAAAGGUGGAUGGUUGGAAUUUGGCAAAUGAAGGGGGUACAUUGAAGCUAAAAAGGUCUUGGAAAGUUAAGAGUUUCACCAAAGGACUGGAGAUGUUUCAGCUUAUAUCUGAUAUUGCUGAAGCAGAAGGCCAUCAUCCAGAUCUGCAUCUGGUCGGAUGGAACAAUGUAACAGUUGAAAUAUGGACGCAUGCUGUUGGUGGACUUACGGAAAAUGACUUCAUACUUGCUGCCAAGAUCAACACACUUGACCUGCACCAUCUCCUUAGGAAGAAAGUUAGUGCUUGACGGGUAUCCAUGGACUGUUAAACUUACAAGUCGGAAACAACUAUGUUCUUCUCCGUCUAAGUUAUUUUUCUUUUUCAAAAGUUCUUGCUCAAGCUCUGCGACAUUGUUGGUCAGUACUUUGUUGUAUUAAAAUUUUGACUUCUGUGUUUUGAGGAUUCUACAAAUAUGGAUAACUAGAUAUAAAAUAAUGAAGCACAUGCAAUUUGCUAAUUCUAAUACAUAUAAAGAAGUAAUGAGUUGAAUAUUGUGAA